AUGGCACCAGAAUAUGCAUUGCAUGGACAAUUUUCAAUAAAGUCAGAUGUUUUUAGUUUCGGAGUACUACUUCUUGAGAUAGUGAGCGGACACAAAAAUGGAGACAUCCAUAACGGCGAGUAUGUAGAACAUCUAAUAAGCUUUACAUGGAGAAAAUGGAGGGAAGGUUCUGACUCAGCCUCUGAUAUUGUAGAUCCCACAUUGAAUAGUAGAUUCGGAUAUCAAAUAAUGAGAUGCAUCCAUAUCGGAUUGUUAUGCGUUCAAGAGAAUUUAGCUGAUAGACCAACCAUGGCUACGGUUGUAGUGAUGCUUAAUAGCGACUCCCUCGCUCUUCCAAUGCCUUCAAGAGCAGCAUAUGUUAUUACGAAUAAUUCCGGAGAUUUAUCAAAUAGCAGCAGAUUAGGUGAAUCAAGAAACUAUGCUCUGCAAGCAGCAUCAGGCGCAAAUGAGGCUUCGUUUACUGAGCUCCAUCCUCGUUAG